AGGACCGCCUCAUUCGUAUGUAUCAACCUUUCAUAUGUUCAAAAGCAUUUUUCAUUUUCCAAUUAUGACUAUGUUUAUCAUUCUUGUCCUUGCCUGAGUAAGUCUAAACACUAAGAAGAAGUAUGUUGCCGUGGUCGUGACUAGUUGUAUAACUAGAACCUGAUUGGCCAUCGGAAAUUGAUGGGAAUGGCUCUGCCUAUCCCUAUGCUUAUUUAGCCCCUGCAACUGCAUGUAGUAACUAUCCAAAACACGAUGUGCUAGCUAGUAAGAAUAGUGGGGAUUCUUGCGGGGGCUCGUUCUGACGUCCCCGGCCACCGAGAUCCGAUUUUAGCAUCGCGAGCAGCUGCAGGGAGUUAUAAAAUUCGCAUUUUUUUACGAAAAGGAAAACAUGGACGGCAACUACCACGAACACAAUGAUCCUUCUUCUCCUUCCCGACGGACUGCAGCUGGCGAUGACCACAGUAGUUCCCGCAACACGACCAACACGGCGACGGCGUCUUCCACGAGCACGAACACGCGGCAGGUCCGGACGGCCCAACUCGGCUACCGAAUCUUCCACAACCGGCCCUCGCAGCGCCUAGACCGGCUGCAGGAGCGGGAGCAACGGGUAGAGCAGGAGUACGGCAUUGCAGCGGAUAGAACAAGUGGCCGGCGCAAAAAUUAUGGAGAUGAUGUUGACAGUGAUGUUGAACAAAACGCAAACGACGAGGCGAAUAAUAACGGAAAUUUCUAUCAGAAUGUUGGUGACAACAAGAAGCAUUUUUCGUCGAGUAGUAGAACCGAUAACAGCAGAAGCAGAACAGUUUCCAACGCCCUUCCGUCUUCUCCGGGAAUGGAGUAUGAGGAGGAUUUCUCGGCCCUGGAAGCCCGGAUGCUGCAGGAGCUGGAUGAGCACCUGGAGGAGGACGACAGUGAAACAUCGGCUUUCCUCGGUUACCGAAAGGUCGUGGACAAGCAGAAAGCACUCGAUGGCUAUAUGGCGAACGCAGAGACUUUUUUUCAAGAAACUUUUUUUUUUUCGCCCAUGUCCUCGGCCUGUGCAUGAUAGGCCUUUCAACUUUUUGUAACGGGUCUACGAAGGGAGUAGCAAGGCCUGCCACGGCUCAUACGAAGCCAAUCGCGUAAGCACUUGCGAAGACGCUUCAGCAGCAGCAGGUGCUGUGGGCUUUCGGUGUGCCGCUAGUCCUGGGCCCGUGCCCCUUUCACUCCCGCACACCAGCGCCCGUCUGAAUCGGGCUUGAUGCUACCGGGGCACGCGCCUUCUUGCGCAGCACACGCUGUGCGGAGGCCAGCUUCUGUGUUUCACCGAAGGGGCUGACAAGUGCGCCGCCUGAGGUCGCCAUCCCCCUUCGAUCAUAUUCUAACGACCCCUGGGGAGGGCAAAAGACGGCCCAGAUAGUGUUCUCGAGCCCGGGAAGGCUUCUACACAGUUUCCGGAAGCAACGUCGCGGAAAAGGGCGCUGCCGGCCCUUGGCCAAUCUGCCAGAAACCAGCGCGACGCCGGGGACCGUGCGCAUAGACGCACCAACCUGUAUGAACCGCGCCUCCCGCGCAAAUUUGCCUCAUAGCUCGAAGGUGUCCGACCUCCUCUUGAGGAGACACGCCGAAAACAACAAGAGGGAGGCCCCUCGGAGGGGGGUUGGGGGGGUGGGUUGCGCGACCCCCGCCCCUGCCUCCAUCAUACCAUGCGGGCUAGCAAAAAAAGGGAUCCCGAAGGGGGGGGGUUACCCCCCCCCCCUCCGGGGCCCCUCGAGCCGGCAUUUUUGCGCUGCCCAAAAAGAUUUCCCGUUGUCUCCGAUGCCACCAGGCCGGGCAAAAGACCUUGGGGCUUAGGGCAAUGUGGGGAAGCCCGGCGGAAGAAAGCCCACUGCACGCGGGGCUCUGCGAGGUUUUUCUCGCUCUGACCUAGAGUGCCUCCACGCCGCUAAACCUCGGCGGGGCCCCGCAGCCCAGCAGCAGAGAAGAUUCAAAGCAACUCCCUUCCUUUCCUCUGUUUCGGGUGUCGUGAUGAGGUGACGCGCCCAAGCCAUGGCAGCCCCUCGGCACCUCUCACACUGCUACCGCGUAGUUUUGGUAGCACGAGGGGUCGGCGACUGUUCCUGCUCUCACAGUAGCCAUCACCCCCUGCGGCAGGACCCGCGCCGCACGCACAGAGCCUGAAAGGCCGCUUUCCAAGUGGUCGCCGAAUGCCUGAGCGGCUCAGGCUGUUCGUCCUGGGUUCUCUUUCUAAGCCGGAGUCAAGGCAUGGCUGCACUAGCGGUUAAGUCCUCCUAUCAAGAGUGCGCCGGCGGCAGACGAACAAAAAUCGACGGCACCGCCCGCACUUGAUAUUCGGAUGCACAGCUAUGGGCAAAAAAAAAAAAGUUUUUUGAAAAAAAGUUUCUGCGUCCGCCAUAGGCUACCGAAAGGUCGUGGACAAGCAGAAAGCACUCGAUGGCUACGGAUUCGGACACGACCGGAGCAGUAGAGGCCGCACUGCAGGAGCCCCUGCUUCGAGUAGAAAUUACAACGCAGCUGUCGCUGAGCAACAAAAUUCUGUUCUUUCCCGAAAGCCGCGACUUGAUGUGCAACCCUCUCGAGGUCCGGAUCGCGACGCCGAAGAGCCACCAAACGCGACGUUUACUUACGUCACCGCUGCGUCAUCCUCGCCGCUGCGACAGCCUGCAUCGAAUUCGAAGCCUUCUGGAAGUAGAACAACAACUCCCGGUGGAUCUACUACUUCGAGGGCGAACAAUGCAAUAAAGUCGCCGCGAAGUCGUGCAAGCUCGACGGCGGCGGGACGAAAAAAACGCGAGAGUAAACUACCGGUCGCCAGUCCGCCGGGAGGGACAAGGCGGCGCACGACUAUCAACCAAAAACUCAAAAAUGCGCUCGACGUUCCCGGAGUUGGUUCGCCAAAGAACAUUAACGAUAAGCUGCGUCCUUCUCGUGUGAAAAGGUGCACAUGCUUUGGGCGAAAAUUUGGCUACAGCCGGACCGUGUGUAUUCUGCUGAUUGCGGUGUGCGUAGCUUUGCUCCUUGCCCUGAGCCUGGGGAGCUGGGUGGUCUACGAUUAUGUUGCGCGAAGUGGUGGAAACAACGACGUGCCUCCUGACGUGGACGAUCGUGAUUGCGCGGAAAAAGCCCGGGACCAGUGGUGCGUGGAUUUGAAAAACAUGACGUACAAAAACAUACCUUCCACGGACUUUUUCGCACAAAAGCUCGGCGACAAAACGUUCGACGUCGCGAUGAACGAAGUUGACGCAAAAAAUGGGAAAACCCUUCCGAAUCAAGCUGGGUGGUCGUGCCGAAAACUUGUCCGCUCGAAGUCCUUUCUCCCUGGUGGGGAAAGGAGAAUUCUCCGCAACGGGCCGCGCCGACCCGCGGAUUUAGAGGAUUGGCCGAGGAUAAAGAUCGCGAGAAAUGCCCCGCUGCAGGAACACAUGAAUCGGGUGGUACACGAGAAAUGCAAGAAAAACGACACGGCGUCCUCUACUUCCGCGAUUGGAAGUAGUGGCACUACUCCUACAUCUGGAGGAGCUCGUCGUCCUGCUUCGCUCGAACAGCUCAAGGGAGAGGCUCUCGGCGAGGAGUGUAUGACAGUGCACAACUCCCCCUCCCGCUCAUUUGUCAUGCGAAAUCCCAAAUCCAGUCGCUUCCACUGUGUGGCACCGUUUGCAUGACAAAUCUCGAAAGCUCAAACAGUACUACAGUAGGCACAUAUUAAAUUUGUCAUGUACAGGCUCCAGGGUCGCUGGCGUUUGUAUUGCUGUUCAUGCAAAAAUACAAAUGAGGGGAAGACUGGGAGUAGUGCACCGUCAUAGAGUGCUGCCGAGGAACACAGGACCGAUAUUGCAAAACUACCGUCGCGGAUGCCGGGAAGGAGAGCGGCAACGAAAUAUGCCAGGACCUCCUGGUUAUGCGAGGUACACCCGGCGUAACUAAGGACUUCUUUUGCCAGAAAAUCGACGGGCCGCCGAUAAACGACCCGCAGAUGCCGUCCUGCUUCCUGACAGAUGCACAGAAUCGCGAGGUGAAUGCAACAGUAGAACAUAAUUGCUUCAGCCCAGGCACUGGGCCAUUGCCCAAAACUACAGGGUUGAACUUCUGUCUUGCCUCACCCUGA